GGCCGACUGUAUGUAACUUGAUGCACCGCCCUGGUCCUCAGCAUCCAUCAUCUAGAAGGCCGAGCUGACCAGCUGCAUCUUAUACAGGUGCAUUGUUUCUUUGUUCUUGCUGUGGUGGUGUGGUUCUCAUCAUGGGGGAACUGUUCAGGAGCGAGGAGAUGACCCUGGCCCAGCUCUUUCUCCAGUCAGAGGCGGCCUACUGCUGUGUCAGUGAGCUGGGAGAACUGGGCAUGGUCCAGUUUAGAGAUCUGAAUCCAGACGUAAACGUGUUCCAGCGCAAGUUUGUGAAUGAAGUGAGGAGAUGUGAGGAGAUGGACAGGAAACUGAGGUUUGUGGAGAAGGAGAUCAAGAAAGCUAAUAUCCCAACUGUUGACACUGGAGAAAAUCCAGAGGUCCCUUUUCCCAGGGACAUGAUCGAUCUAGAGGCCACCUUUGAGAAGCUGGAGAACGAGCUGAAGGAAAUCAACACCAACCAGGAAGCCCUGAAGAAGAACUUCCUCGAGCUGACGGAGCUCAAACACAUCCUCCAUCGAACACAGCAGUUCUUUGACGAGAUGGAGGAUCCCAACCUGCUUGAGGAGUCAUCAGCUCUGAUGGAAGGCAGUGAGGGGGGCCGCGGGGCCCCACUCAGACUGGGGUUUGUGGCUGGAGUUAUCAGCAGAGAGAGGAUUCCAACCUUUGAGAGGAUGCUGUGGAGAGUGUGUCGCGGUAACGUCUUCUUAAGGAAGGCAGAGAUUGAGGACCCAUUGGAGGACCCCGCCACGGGUGACCAAGUCCACAAAUCAGUGUUCAUCAUCUUCUUCCAAGGUGACCAGCUGAAGAACAGGGUGAAGAAGAUCUGUGAGGGGUUCCGUGCCUCACUCUACCCGUGUCCAGAGACCCCACAGGAGAGGAAGGAAAUGCUGGCUGGAGUCAACAGCCGAAUUGAAGACCUCCAGAUGGUGCUGAACCAAACAGAGGACCACCGUCAGCGAGUGCUCCAGGCCGCCUCUAAGACCAUGCGGGUGUGGUUCAUCAAGGUGAGGAAGAUGAAGGCCAUCUACCAUACACUCAACCUGUGCAACAUCGAUGUGACCCAGAAGUGUCUGAUUGCUGAGGUGUGGUGUCCUGUCUCAGACCUGGACUCCAUCCAGUUUGCUCUGCGAAGAGGGACGGAAAGGAGCGGCUCCACAGUGCCUUCCAUUCUCAACAGGAUGCAGACCAAGCAAACUCCACCUACCUUCAAUAAGACCAACAAGUUCACAUCCGGCUUCCAGAACAUUGUGGAUGCCUACGGCAUCGGGAACUACCGGGAAAUCAAUCCAGCUCCGUACACUAUUAUUACUUUCCCCUUCCUGUUUGCGGUGAUGUUUGGAGACAUGGGUCACGGCUUGCUGAUGACCUGUAUUGCCCUCUACUUGGUCAUCCGAGAGAGUCGCCUCGUCGCCCAGAAGAGUGACAACGAGAUGUUCAACAUGGUGUUUGCUGGUCGCUACAUCAUCCUCCUGAUGGGGAUGUUCUCCGUCUACACCGGAAUCAUUUACAACGACUGCUUCUCCAAGUCACUCAACAUGUUCGGCUCUGGAUGGAGCGUUAGGCCCAUGUUUGGCCCCAAAGGAGCCAAUUGGACGUAUGAGACACUUGAUGAAAAUGCAGUUCUACAGUUAGAUCCAGCAGUUCCUGGUGUCUUCAACGGGCCUUAUCCUCUUGGAAUUGACCCGAUCUGGAAUCUUGCCUCAAACAAGCUGACCUUCCUCAACUCAUUCAAGAUGAAGAUGUCUGUGAUCCUGGGCGUCAUCCACAUGCUGUUUGGAGUGUCUCUCAGUCUCUUCAACCACCUGUACUUCAAGAAGCCACUGAACAUCUUCCUGGGCUUCAUCCCAGAGAUCGUCUUUAUGGCGAGCCUGUUUGGCUACCUCGCGCUGCUGGUCUUCUACAAGUGGACAGCCUAUGACGCCACCACCUCCAAGGACGCACCCAGCCUGCUCAUCCACUUCAUCAACAUGUGUCUCUUCAACUACAACGACCCCGUCAACAAGCCCCUCUACAGGGGACAGAUGGGGAUCCAGAUUUUGUUGGUGCUGAUUGCCCUUGCAUGUGUACCCUGUAUGCUGAUUGUGAAAACUAUGGUGCUUCGGCGUCAGCACAUGUGGAAAAAGCACCUGUCCCAGAAGAGGGAAGAAACCGCUGCAGAGAAUCUAGAGCAGUCUUUAAAGCAAACAGGCGUGUCCUCAUCAUGCACCGGACUCACCCAACAGGGCACGCAGAAGUUCGGAGGGGUGCGGGUGGGCAACGGACCCACGGAGGACGAGGCUGGCAUCAUGGACCAUGACCAGCUCUCCCAGCACUCAGAGGAAGGCGAUGAGUUUGACUUCGGUGAUGUAGCUGUCAACCAGGCCAUCCACACCAUAGAGUACUGUCUGGGGUGCAUCUCCAACACAGCAUCCUACCUGCGCCUCUGGGCCCUCAGCUUGGCUCAUGCACAGCUGUCAGAGGUGCUCUGGACAAUGGUGAUGCACCUGGGUCUGGCCUCCCGGAGCGGGGGCGGGUUCUUCGGCCUGUCUAUCAUCUUCUCGGCCUUCGCUACCCUCACUGUUGCCAUCCUGCUCAUCAUGGAGGGGCUGUCAGCCUUCCUGCAUGCCUUGCGUCUGCACUGGGUGGAGUUCCAGAACAAGUUUUACUGUGGCCAGGGCUUCAAGUUUUUCCCCUUCUCAUUUGAGAGCAUCCUGGAUGGACGGUUUGACGAGUGAUCAGACCUCAGCAGGGUCCCCAGCCUUCCCUCUCUGUGAAUUUGUUUGUGUGUGCAUGAGUCCAAAUGCAGCCCUCUGUCACCCUCUAGUGGUCAUUCGUGAAACUUGUAUUGUGUAUGAGCUAUAAUGUGGUCCUUGUAGAGGGUUUUUCCAGGGCACAUGUGCCAAGCUGUACCCAUACUGGAGCUUCUAUGGCUGUGGCACAGUACCACCACUGUACUCAGCACUCAGCAUGUUCCCCUCUCUAUAACAACAUCUGCCAGCUUUCCUUCAAAUUCAUACAUUACCAAGUACAUUUGGCACGGUCUGUGUUCUUGUAGACAAAUGUGGUUUGUAGGCAGAAGUAGACAAGUCGUCACUACUGCGAUGACACCUACCUUUUAGAAACGGCUUUAACUCUGUAACAUAUGCAAAGCAUUGCACCAUUUAGGCGCUUGUUCCAGACAAAAUCUGUCCAGUGGAGCCUGUAAUAUAGAUUUAAGUUCAGCUCAGUUUUAACAAAGGACUAGACAUGUUUGCUGUUAUCAGCCGCUCCAACAAAAAACUAAGACUAACUAACAUUCACUCUAAUCCAUGAAGUAAUUUUACUUUACUAAAUCUCCGAUAUUAAUAAAUCCUCAUGUUUGGUUCACGGUCUGAGCAGCUUGUCAUCAAAAGGCCGAGGGAUCUGCCUCCAAUGGGCCGUUGGUGAGCCGCCACCUCGCUGGCAGCUUAGUACUGUUUCCUGGGCAAAAUUCCACUUUAUUAUUAAAUUAAAUUAAAUUAUCUAGUAUUUCUAAUUUCUAUUAAGUUAUACAUUUCUUCUAAUCACAAUUCAAGGAAUUACAAAGUUUGGGUUAUUUAAAUACUGGCCAGACAGUAUUCCCGCUGGGUUAAUGACCACAUAGCACUUUGUUGGUUAUUUA